UGUCUUCAGCGUUGGAGACCUUGUUCAGUAUUAUAAGAUACAUUCAGAUAGCCUUGAAUGAUGUAAGAUAACCAUUUUGACUUCCAAGGUGUUUUUAAGCAGGUAUUUUAAAGAAUAAUAAAAUAUUUUAAAGUCAGUGCUGAAAACUUAAAAAAAAAGUCAUUAUAUUUUACUUGUAGGUCUUUGAAAGAAGAUGAAUUUGGCCGAGAUUUGUGACAAUGCAAAGAAAGGAAGAGAAUAUGCACUUCUUGGGAAUUAUGACUCAUCCAUGGUCUAUUACCAGGGGGUGAUACAGCAGAUUCAGAGACAUUGCCAGUCAGUCAGAGACCCUGCUGUCAAAGGCAAAUGGCAACAGGUUCGGCAGGAGUUAUUGGAAGAAUACGAGCAAGUUAAAAGCAUUGUCAGCACUUUAGAAAGCUUUAAAGUUGACAAGCCGCCAGAUUUCCCUGUGUCCUAUCAAGAUGAGCCAUUUAGAGACCCUGCUGUGUGGCCACCUCCUGUCCCUGCAGAGCACAGAGCUCCACCCCAGAUAAGGCGUCUCAGUCGAGAAGUAAGACCUCUGAGGAAAGAAAUGCCUGGAGUAGGAGCCCGGGGACCUGUAGGCCGAGCACAUCCUACAUCCAGGAGUGAAAAGCCCUCUGCGAGUAAGGACAAGGAUUAUAGAGCCCGAGGGAGAGAUGACAAGGGAAGGAAAAAUUUGCAAGAUGGUGCAGGUGAUGGUGAAAUUCCAAAAUUUGAUGGUGCUGGAUAUGAUAAAGAUCUGGUGGAAGCUCUUGAGAGAGACAUUGUCUCCAGGAAUCCUAGCAUUCAUUGGGAUGACAUAGCUGAUUUGGAAGAAGCUAAGAAGUUGCUAAGGGAAGCUGUUGUUCUUCCAAUGUGGAUGCCUGACUUUUUCAAAGGGAUUAGAAGGCCUUGGAAGGGUGUGCUGAUGGUUGGACCACCAGGGACCGGUAAGACUAUGCUAGCUAAAGCUGUUGCCACUGAAUGUGGCACAACAUUCUUCAACGUUUCCUCUUCUACACUGACAUCUAAAUAUAGAGGUGAAUCUGAGAAGUUAGUCCGUCUGUUGUUUGAAAUGGCUAGAUUUUAUGCCCCCACCACGAUCUUCAUUGAUGAGAUAGAUUCCAUCUGCAGUCGAAGAGGAACCUCUGAUGAACACGAGGCAAGCCGAAGAGUCAAGUCUGAGCUACUCAUUCAGAUGGAUGGAGUUGGAGGAGCUUUAGAAAAUGAUGAUCCUUCCAAAAUGGUUAUGGUAUUGGCUGCUACUAAUUUCCCAUGGGACAUUGAUGAAGCUUUGCGAAGGAGAUUAGAAAAAAGGAUAUAUAUACCUCUCCCAACAGACUCCCAACAGAAGAAGCUGGCACCAUUUGUCACAGUGCUAAAUAUACAUCUGGCUCAGGAGUCAAAAAAGCUGAAGGAGGAAAACUGGCAGGAGCUGGAAAGAGCUGCAGGCCCAGGUGCUGACCCAUGCUAACAAGGUGAGCCAGCCGAUAAAUGACAAUAUGUAUGAGCUGCAAUUGCACCUCCUACUCUGCACCAACUUUCUGAUCUGAUUCACUUCUGCCUUUCUCACACCAUUUCUUGUGUGGUCCACACAAAUCCAGAAUUAUGCAAUAAAGAGAAUUCUGGGAAACAGAAUUUCAGCUUAGCUAAAUUGACAUGAAACUAAUCCAGUCCCCCCCAGCCAAAAAACGCAAACUCAUUGCCAUCGAGUCAAUUCCGACUCAUAGUGACCCUAUAGGACAGAGUAGAACUGCUCCAUAGGGCUUCCAAGGCUGUAAAUUUUUAUGGAAGCAGACUGCCACAUCUUUCUCCAGCAGAGCGACUGGUGAGUUCAAACCACUGACCUUUCGGUUAGCAGCCAAGUGUUUAACCACUGUUCCACCACCUUAAUUUCCUUUUGUUGUCUGUAGGAUCUGUAAUGAUGGCUCAUUUUUCAUCCUGCUGUUGGUAAUUUGUAUUUUAUCUCUAUUAUUUGUGAUCAGUCUUGUAAGAGUUUUAUUAAUAAUCUUUUAAAAAUCAACUUUUUUGUUCGGCUAAUUUUUUCUAUUGAUUUGUCUUUCAUAAUUCAUUGAUUUCCUCUCUCAUUAUUUUCUUGCUUAUACUUUGAAUUUAAUUUUCUCUUUUUCUGAAGUUAGAAAGUUGGAUUAUUGAUUUUAAAUCUCUUAUUUUUUAAAGUGAAUAUUUAAAGCUGCAAAUUUCAUUUUGAGCAUUGCUUUGGUUUCAUACUACAAAUUUUGAUAUGUCAUUUUUUAUGUUUUAAUUUGAAAUAUUUUCUAAUUUUCUUUGUUAUUUCUUUCUGUAGUCCUUGGGUUAUUUAGAAAUAUGUGGUUUAAUAGCCAAAUAUUGGGGGAUUUUCUAGAUAUCUUUUGUUUUUGAUUUCUUAUUAAAAUUUGUCAUAGUCAAGAACAUGUUCUAUAGGGUUUUAAUUUGACCUUUAUUGAAUUUAUCUUGGUGAAUGUUAGAGUUGCAAUUUAAUAGAAUUUUAUUUUGUUCUCAUUGGGUGUAUUGCUUUGUAAAUGUCAGUAGAUAAAGUUGGUAUGGUAGUAUUGUUCAAAUUUUCUAGAUUCUUACUGGAUUUUUAGUCUAGUGUUACUAUUGGUUACUGAGAGUGUAAAAAUCUUCAGCUGUGAUUGUGAAUUUUUUUCUCCCUUUAAAUCUGCCAAUUUUUGCUAAAUACAUUUUGAAGUUCUGUUAUUAGGUACAUAAAAACUUAUAAUUGUUAUAUCUUCUUGAAUUGAUUCUUAUAUCAUUACACAAUGUCUUUCUUUCUCUCUGAUAAUACC